GAGAGAGAGAGAGAGAGAGAUGGAAAAUGAAGGGAACGGAUUUAACACCGGUGGUAGAGGGCAAAUUGGUAAUAGUAGCAACCAGUCGUGGGGAUUUUGGGACGUCGGCACGUCUCGUUUCGACUGGACAAACCCUUUUUCCGAUGAAACUACGCCGGCAACCCCGGCAGCGCAGACAUUGAUACACCACCACCACCAAGUGGACAAUGCGCACCCGUACCAGUACCCAUCACUCUACGCCGGGGUGUCCCAUGUGCACCCUGACCCUCACCUCACUUGUUUGAAGCUUGGGAAACGCGAUUACUUCGAAGACGGCACUACCACGCCGUUCCACCACUUGACGGCAUUUCCACUUGGGAAAAGAGGGAGGCCUUAUGGACUCAUCGGUGGUGGGAACUCUUCGUCGGCGGUAUCGGUGGCGGUGCCGAGGUGUCAGGUUGAGGGUUGCCACGCUGCGCUCUUGAACGCUAAGGAUUAUCACCGCCGGCAUAAGGUGUGUGAGAUGCACUCUAAAGCGCCUAAGGUGGUGGUUCUUGGUUUGGAACAGCGGUUCUGUCAGCAGUGCAGCAGGUUUCAUGUAGUAUCAGAGUUCGAUGAUUCAAAGAGGAGUUGCAGGAGGAGACUAGCCGGACAUAACGAGCGGAGAAGAAAGAGCUCUAAUGAUUCUAUCACCAAGAACCCUUCUCGAGAAAGUAAAUCAAUAGGCGGAAGGUUAUCUUGUUUAUCAUCGUCAGAGGGACGUGCUCUCUCUCUUCUGUCAUCCAGGUCUGCAUCUUGGGUUUCUUCUGCUGAUCUUUCCUUGCGAUCAAGUGCUGCACUUCGUGAGCUGAUCGCCGAGAAUCGCGCAGCAACCUUUGCCAGACAGCUUUUCUCCGACCGUGACUGGAACCACCACACAAUGGGUGAGUUGGGUGGUGCACAACCAGAACUAAUCCCUCACAUCUCCCACCAACAACAGCAUAUGCAGCAUCAGCCAGAAGAACCAGCUGAGUGGGACAGAUUCCAUGAAUCAGGUGCACACUUGACGCUAGACCUAAUGCAGACACCUAGUUCACCUUUCGGGUUCUUAUCAGGGAGGAGCAAGAACAAAGAAGAUGAAGACGAGUGUGGUGACAUAUGGAAGUCUUUGGAGGGAACCCAUGUGGUCUGAAUGCUUGAUUGAGCUUGAGCUUCUUUCUUU